AUGUCAGCUGUCGACCAAGUUUUUAGCAUCUCAGAGCUGCUAACAUCGAUCCUCGAGAAAGUCUAUUCAUCCGAAAAGAUCUUGCCACUUGAGCGUGUUUGCAAGCAAUGGCAAGCCGCUAUUCGGUCGUCGCCGAUUCUACGACGUCGACUGUUCUUCGAUGUGCAACCGUCUGAUGACACAUACGCAGGCUCUAUUGAAUGGCAUCCUUGCUUUCAAAACGGAGAUCUUGACCAGUCUGCUGGUUUCUUUUCUUGGUGCAGCAAAUCUCUGAAGGUUCACGGGCUGAAAUUUAUGAAAGCGGCUGGAGGCAGAGCGAAGGAAAUGUUUUUGACUAAUCCUGCCCUCCCUCAAGUCAAAGUCACGGACAAUCUACUAAGUCCAGAACAUCCUGGGUCGCAAUAUGAGGCAACUCAGCUUGCAGGCGUAAAAUUCGAAGAUAUUUUUCGCCUCCCGCUUGAUGAUAUUCCGUCAGGGCAAUGCGUUCACAUCUGCAUUUUUGGUCAUCUUCCGAAUGACGAGUUUGACCUGAUUUCCCGCCACAGCGUUGCUGAAGGUAUGAAGUCUCUUUUUUGGGUGAGAAAGUCCGACUCAGAUUGA